AUGGAAACAAUCUCAGUGGACAAGGUUCCUAUAGAAACCAGACCCAAAAAAAGAAUUAGAUGGACGGAAGCAAUGCCGGAAGACAAGGUUCCUGAAGAAAUCAUUUACGACAUCCUGUUGUUGCUGCCCAUCAAAUCUCUACUCACAUGCACUGCAGUGUGCAAGUCAUGGAGGUCUCUGAUCCAAAGCUCUGCCUUCAUCCGCUACCACCUCAGCCGCACAAGCAUCCAAAUCAACAGCCAAAAUAAAGACGACGCUCAAGCUCAGCUCCUGCUGCUACAUUCUUCCAGCAAGGAAGACAGAAAAAAAUCUUACUCCUUGCAUUGGGAUAGCGGCCCUUCAUUCAGGGAGUACUACAAACUUACAGAUCCGCCGUUGGUAACUUGCAAUGAAAUUGGAGGAUCAGCCAAGGUGAUCGGAACUUGUAACGGGCUGGUAUGCCUCCAGAAUGGUAAGUAUGCCGCAUUAAUUUGGAACCCUUGUAUUAGAAAGUGUGUGUUUUUGCCUCCACCUAGUGUUACCCUAACGGGGUUUAUAAGAUACGCAUUUGGCUAUGAUUCGCGUACCAAUGACUAUAAGGUUUUGAGAAGUGUUUGUCAUUAUAAGGCUCCCCGCUUGUCGCGCGCAGUUGAGAUUUGGUCCUUAGCCAGGGGCUCCUGGAAUAGGCUUAGUGAUGCUGUUGUUCCUGCAAAGUUCUCGCCUGGAAACUUUACUCGUGAUGAUAAUGCCGCCUCUUUUGUUAAUGGUGCUCUGCAUUGGAUUCAGGGGAAUCAUAGGGACGACAAGUUCAUUGUGUCAUUUGACUUGUCCACUGAAUUAUUUGGCAAGAUCCUGAUGCCCACAUCAGCUUUGAAAAGAAGUAAGAAGUGGACACUCGAAGCUCCGGUGGGAAAAGAGUUUUGCUAUGUUUCAAGAUACGGGGACUGCCUUGCCUUUUUGUGA